UAGGUUAGUAGGGGUAGAAGCGGCGCGUGUGUUUCUAGCUUGUUCGAGUUGCGGCUAUGGGUCGAGUCAAACACCAGGAGCCCGAGGAAGCGCCGGAGACCGAAGCAACAACCCCAGAACGGUCGUACCACGAGCUGGUCGCAAACGUAAAUGCUAUUGCGCGGCCGUUAGCCUCUCGGAAGCUCACACGCAAACUCUACAAGUGCAUCAAAAAAGCAUCGAAGUUGAAACAGAUUCGGCGAGGGGUGAAAGAGGUCCAGAAAUUCAUCAACAAAGGCGAAAAAGGAAUCACAGUUCUUGCAGGAGAUACAUUGCCUAUUGAUGUUUAUUGCCACAUCCCCAUCAUGUGUGAAGACAGGAGUCUUCCCUAUGUAUAUAUUCCAUCUAAAACGGAUUUGGGAGCAGCAGCAGGCUCAAAACGCCCAACCUGCGUUAUCAUGAUAAAGGCUCAUGAGGACUAUCAAGAAGCUUACAAUGAGUGCUUGGAGGAAGUGGAGGCUCUUCCCCUUCCUUUGUGAAGAACAUUGAUAACGAAUGCUAUUAAGACUCCAAGAUAUGAUAUACUGGAUUCUAUAGGCUUUGUGUGGUUAAAUAUGUUUCAUGCCAGUUUGAUAUGACAGUUGGCCUGGAUUGUUACACUGAGGAAUAGAUCAAGUGACUUAUUGGAACCAUGGCAGCUAUGCUGUAAUCUAUUUUUGAAGAAUUUUGGUUGAAAUUCUUGCUGGAAAUGUGUGUUAAAAUGUUGUCCGAUGUUCAGCUCUAAAAGAAUUCUAGACCAUUAACAUAGAGGAACUGUUAAAUAAUAAAAUGUUUAUAGAUAUAUUGGCCUUAUCCAAGUCAAUAUACUAUAGUCUUCAAUAUCACAUGAUCUUACUUGCUUACUCCAAACCAGGGGUCCCCAACUUCUGGUCUGUGGACCAGCAGAAGUCCACAGCUUGCCAGCAACUGGGUCCACAGAAACAAGCAAAGCCCCAUCCAUGGGAUUCUGGUCCACGGAAAAACCUUUAUCCACAGAACCAGUCUCUGGUGCCCAAAAGGUGCUAUAAAGUACCUUCAAGUUGUAUUCCUGUCUACUUGAGGUAGAAAACAUUUCUUGCCUCAGUGCACGCUCCUUUAUGCAUACAGAAAUGCUAUUAAAAAUUGAAAAAUACAAGUCAUCUAUAGCCUCUUUAUUUAAAGGGCAGUGUUAUUUCAGCCCUUGUUAACUAGAUCAUACUGGAGUACAGAAGCAAAUAUGAAGUAUUCUCCCUCCCUCCCCCUCCCCCCCAAAAAAAUCCAGCCCCGGGCCAGCUAGACUAAGUUGCUUUAUACAAAUUAGUCUUACACUGAAUACCUAUAAUUUUGUAGGUAUUGGACUGUAUGGUAACAUGCAAAGGAAAAGUAAUUUAUUUCAAUUUGUUUCUAUGUCUCCUGCUAUCCUCUUUAGAUGUCUGAUAUGUACAAGAUUGGAUAGAAUUGAGAAUACCUGCAGCAAGAUAAAGCCUCUGCUACUCUUAAAGGCUAUAGUGGCAGUAGAUUUUUUUUCAGUUAUCCUUUCUCUAGGUUUUUGCUUCAGAAAAAGGCAAUGUCAUUUUGUAAAGUGUAAGUUGUAAGCAUAGUUCUUACUUGAAGCCUCCAAGUUAAAAUAACAAUGUAACACUUUAGAAAAUUAUUUCUAAAGAGCUGUACCUUUGAGGAAAUCUUUAAGAUUACUCCAUAAAAUCACCAAUCCUGGAUAGUAGGAAUAAUCUAUGCCUAAGGAUGUCUCUAAAUUAAAAUCUCUAAGGCAGAUUUGAAAACCCUUUUACAUACACAAAAUGCAACAUUUUAUUACAAGCUGUUAACACCAAACUCUCGUUCAUUACCUAUACAGGUUUUAGAUUUACCAUAUUUAAAUAGUACAUGCUCUGAUGCUAUAAAUUGUUUAUAUAAGGAAGAAAACUGAUCCUGACUUUUGAGCUCUUAUUUCUCUACUUAAGUAAGUUGUGUAUUUGUAUUCAUAUUCUAAAAUAUUCCACUGUAUACUCAUAUCUUAGUCU